AUGUCUCUCCGCGGCUUUCCACGCUUUGCCCCAACCACUUAUCACUGGGGUCCAUCCAUCGCUCGUCAAAAUGACUUUGCUCCACUGUUCUCUCUCCUGGACGACCUCACCAACGGUGAAGUGAGCCGUCGACAGUCCAACUCCAAGCAAAGCCAGGAACGCUUCUUCGCCCCUCGGUUCGACCUCAAAGAAGUGAAAGAUGCCUACGUCCUCGAGGGCGAGCUUCCCGGCGUUGAACAGAAAGACGUCUCCAUCGAAUUCACCGACGAACACACUCUAGUUGUCUCCGGCCGUUCCGAAGUUCACCACGAAGAGGGCACACGACCAAAGGAGCUCGGAGCACCUGAGAAGCAAGCCCAAAUCAAAGACUCUUCUCACAAGCCCACCGUCGAGGACGAGUCUGCUGAGUCGGAGUCGACCGAAGUUGUGAAGCAAACCGAGGAUCAAUCCGGCAAGAAGGAGCCCGAACACACCUACUGGGUUUCCGAGCGUGUCAGUGGCAGCUUCACCCGUUCCUUCUCCUUCCCUGCAAGAGUCAAUCAAGACGGUGUCAAGGCUGGUCUCAAGAAUGGUAUCCUCACCGUCACCGUUCCCAAGGCUGCUGCACCCGAGUCUCGCCGCAUCAACAUUGAGUAA